GGGACCCGCCGGAGCCCGGGGACCGCGGGACCGCAGGGCCCACAGCCCGCCCUUUGCAGGCGGAGAGCCGAGGUGCCCGGCCCGGCCCGGCCCCCCGCCUCACCUGGGCUGCGCGUGCGGAUCGUAAUGCGGCAGAAAGAUGAAAGAACAGAAGAUCGCCUUCCCCCGGAAAAGGAUCCACUUCCCAGCCUGCUCCGAGAAACGGGCCACUGGGUUUUGGGGGCUGAAGCGGUUGUGCUUCCGGCAGAAGCUGUGCAUCCUGCACAGUAAACGGGAGUGGCCGAGCACCUGGAGCAGGCUGUACGAGAGCCUCCGGCGUCAGAGGAAGGCGCUGAGGUUCCAGAGGAAGUGGGCUCGGGAAGCGUCGCUGGGCGCCGAGGCCCAGGUCGGCGAGGAUCCCGGUCCCGAAUGCCAUCUCGAAGGAGAUGGCCGGAAGGCGGCUUCGCGCUUGCCGGGGGGCGGCGUUUUCGGAGGGGCCGGUGACCGUGACCGAGAGACCGAAGCCGGUUUGACGACAUCAACGGCGAAGGCCAACGGGGAAAACGAGGGGCCGGGGGAUGAGAGCGGCACCAUCGUGGUCACCUUGGGCAGGUGGAAGGGAAGGCACUAUUGCCCCUUCCACCGAGGGCAGGAGCGGAACGGGACCCCCGGGGAAUCCCCGAGCCCAAGGCCGUCCGGCCUCACCCGGCACGCCGGGAAGAGGAAAUCGCCGCUGCUGAUGUACACGAAACUGUCCGUGAUCAGGUUUCGCCACAGGAUCCUGAAAUCCCAGCAGUUCAGGACGAGGAGCAAGCUGUGUAAACGGCGAGAAGGCCAGCGCAGCUGGGUCCAGAAGGUGACGGGGGAUCAGCGGGAGAGCCUGCGGGAGAGGUUUGAAGCGGGAGGGUGGGAUCCGCUCCCUCCGCCCGGACCUAAAGGCCUGGCCUUGCGUCGCCGGCAUCGCUUCUCAGAUAUGGACAGUAAUGCCGGCGGGCACGUGGCCAAGGGAAAGGAAGCCCACACGCCCGAAGGCCUCCCUAAAGGAAACGCGCCAGCAGACCCCGAACCGCCCGUGGCGGGGUCCGUCUCCUGCCUGCCGAAUGGCAGCGCCGCCGGCCCCGCCCCUCAGUGGGGGAGCGUCCAGUCGAGCGGCGGCGGCGGAGAGCCCGCGUCCCGGGAGCGCCCCGGGAAUCUCUUCCUCUCAGGAACUGAGGGAGAGAGUGCCGGUUCGGGUCAGGACGCUAAGGGUUCGCAUCAGGUAAGAAGCGUCGCCGAGGACGGGAUGAAGUUACUGACAGCCAGCACUGCCGACGAGGCAAUGAGCGAAGACAGCCCGUCGGGCCCCGAACCCAGCUCCGUAGAGACCCUUCCGAACGAGGAGAGGCCAGGCCACACGGACGUGGAAGGGUCCCUCAACCAGGACGUCUUCAGUGCGAAGCUGCUGGACCACCCUUACUGUAAAAACCCCCUGGAGGCCCCCUUGAUAGGUCCUGGACUCCAACUGGGAAGUCCGGUAGCGGGUGGGAAGAAUGGCCAGAAAGCCUCUCCUGCGGACGAUGAGGAGCUGUCAUCCUGUCUCUGCGGAUUCUUGGAUGAGAUUAUGAAGAAAUAUGGCAGCUUGGUUCCCCUCUGUGAAAAAGACGUCCUUGGAAGAUUAAAGGAUGUCUUUAACGAAGACUUUUCCAAUAGAAAGCCAUUCAUCAAUAGGGAAAUUACCAAUUAUCGGGCCAGGCAUCCAAAACCUUCCACUUGCAACUUUCGGAUCUUCUACAACAAACACAUGCUGGAUAUGGACGAUCUGACGACACUGGAUGGUCAAAACUGGCUGAAUGACCAGGUGAUCAAUAUGUACGGUGAACUGAUAAUGGACGCAGUCCCAGACAAGGUUCACUUCUUCAACAGCUUUUUUCACAGACAGCUGGUAACCAAAGGAUAUAAUGGAGUAAGAAGAUGGACUAAAAAGGUGGACUUGUUUAAGAAGAGACUCUUGUUGAUUCCUAUUCACCUGGAAGUCCACUGGUCUCUAAUUACUGUGACCCUCUCUAACAGAAUUAUUUCCUUUUACGAUUCCCAAGGCAUUCAUUUUAAGUUUUGUGUUGAGAAUAUAAGGAAGUAUUUACUGACCGAAGCCAGAGAAAAGAAUCAACCCGAGUUUCUUCAGGGUUGGCAGACAGCCGUUACCAAGUGCAUUCCACAACAGAAAAAUGACAGUGACUGUGGAGUCUUUGUGCUCCAGUACUGCAAGUGCCUCGCCUUAGAACAGCCUUUCCAGUUCUCUCAAGAGGAUAUGCCCCGCGUGAGGAAGAGGAUUUACAAGGAACUGUGCGAGUGCCGGCUCAUGGACUGACCCGAAACCGAGGCUCCCGGGGGCGGCGGGGCCUGGAGUUGCGCGUUACUUGAAUCUUAAAACACCUUCUUGGGUUUUUCAGAUGUCGCGGACGGGCGGCCGCCGCCGUUACCUCAACCCGAUCUCUCUCCUAACGUGUCGCUUCGGCUGGUAGAGAACCGAACCGAACCGCGUGAGGCUCCCGAUCCCUCAAUGUCCGGUUUGGCUCCCUCCUUAAUUGCGUGGGAUUUCCUUUCCCGUAUUUAAUAUUUAUUACCCCAACGCAUGCAUAUAGGCAAAGCAUGCGGUGCAGAGUAUUAAGAAACUAGUAGAUUCGGUGCACCUUGGAACUGUAGCUAGAAACGAAACAAUACCGGUUUAAAAGGCGGGUCAGUAGCUAAAGAUGCAGGGUCUGUUUUUCACUCGGCCGAACACGUCGAGAGCAACAACAGGGGUUGGGUGCGGACUUUCGGAGGGUCUGCCGGCCUUUCCUCCGCACCUCGCGUUACGGCUGCGCGGGAGAAGCGACGUCGCGGCAGAUGCGGCGAUCCAUCCUCUGAAUUACCUGUGAUAAAAGUGGUCAGAUACAUUCCUAGGUCCCCAACUAUUUCAAAAGGAAAGUAGGGGAAGGGCACGGUCGUACUACGGAGUAAAUUACCUACGGCCCCUUGUGCCCACUCGGGCCCGGACGGAAGAAAAACUAGGGAUUUUUCCACCGACUUUUAGUUCAGCGAACGAUUUACGUUUAGAAGUUUUGUUUAUCUGUUUUUAGAUCACCGUUCUCCCUCUCAGUAGCCAGGAAUUAGCUGCAGUGUUUUUGUGGGACGAGACCUAUAAAGUAACUGUGGCUUGCGAAUGUAUGUUUCAGAGCAGUUUAGGAUUUUCUUUUCACCCUCGCAUGGGAGGAUCGGCUUUGUCAGUGCUCUGCACACAGUAAGCGCUCAAUAAAUACAAUUGAAUGAAUCCUA